AUGGAUAGCGAUUUUAUCGAUGAAGAAUUUGUGUAUGGACAAAAUAUCGGCAAGAUAAAAAAAAAGAAGGAACUGAUAUUAGAUACAUUAAAGAGUGUAAUAGACCCAGAUUUAAAAAAGAAUAUUGUGGAAUUAAAUUUUAUUCGUAAUUUAAAAAUAAAUGAAGAUGAAAAAGGAGGAAAAUAUUUUGUUGAAUUUGAUUUAAAUUUAACUACACCAGCAUGUCCUGUUAAGGAUGAUUUAUUAAAAGAAUGUAAAGAAAAAUUAAAUUUGUUUGAAUGGAUAAAAGAUAUAAAUAUAAAUAUAACAUUUAUUAAUUUGAAUGAAAAGAAAGGAAAUAAUAAAAAUAAAAUUGAAAAUAUUAUUUUAGUAUAUAGUUGUAAAGGUGGAGUAGGGAAAUCUUUUUUUUCUGUGAACUUUUCUUAUUAUUUAAAAAAAAAAGGAGCAACUGUUGGAAUUUUGGAUGCUGACAUUAAUGGUCCUAGUCUCCCUACCUUAUUGCCAUUUGAUUAUGAAUAUGUCAAAUUUAAAAUGGUAAAUAAAAAAAAUGACGAACAUCAAAAAGGUAAUGAUAAAAAUAAUGAUAUAGAUAAUGAUAAAAAUAAUGAUAUAGAUAAUGAUAAAAAUAAUGAUAUAGAUAAUGAUGGAGAUAAUAAUAAUGAUAAUAAUAGUGAUAAUAAUAGUGAUAAUAAUAAUAUAUAUAAUAAUAACAAUUUACAUAUUAGUGAUGGUCAUAAUAUAUCUUGUGAUGAAAAAAAAAAAAAAAAUUCCUCUACACACGAAAUAGAUUACAUUAGCAAUUGCAAUAAUAAAGAAAAAGAUGAAGAUUCCUUCUUUAAUGUUUCAAAUAAAGAAAGAAAUCAAAAAAAACAUAAUACAGACAAUAUAAUAAAUAUAAUGAAUAAAAAAAAUGAUAAUAAAUUUUUAAAUGAUAAUAAAUUUUUAAAUGAUAAUAAAUUUUUAAAUGAUAAUAAAUUUUCAAAUGAUAAUAAAUUUUCAAAUGAUAAUAAAUUUUUAAAUGAUAAUAAAUUUUUAAAUGAUAAUGAAGAAAAUUCAACAAGUGUUCAAUAUGAUGAUAACUUAUAUAUGAUUGAACCUUUAAAAUAUAAUAAUGUUAAACUGAUGUCAUAUGCUUAUAUAAAAAAUAAAAUGAAUGUAGGAUUUUCUUCUUUUCGUGGACCUAUAUUAAAUGAAUUAAUAAAAGAAUUUUUAUAUCAUGUAAAUUGGGGAGUAUUAGAUUAUUUAAUUAUUGAUAUGCCACCUGGAACUAAUGAUAUACAUUUAAAUUUAUUUGAAUCUGAAAAAAUUGAUGGUAUUAUAAUGAUUACAACUCCAAAUGAUUUAUCGACUAAUGAUGUAGAGAAAGGUAUUAAUAUGUGUAAUUUUUUUAAUAUACCUAUAGUAUGUCUAGUUGUUAAUAUGAAUUAUUUUAUAUGUGAUAACUGUGAUAAAAAACAUUAUAUAUUUAAUAAUACUGAUAUGAAAUAUUUAAAAGAUAAAAUAUGUAAUAUAUAUGAAAUACCAUUUCAUCCAUUACUAGCCAAAAAUGUAUAUAUACAAACUGAUAACUAUAAAAAAGAUAUAACACAUAUUAUAAAUAUAGAUGAUAUACAUAUAGAACCUAAUAAUAAUAUACAUAAGUCGAAAAAUAUUUCAGAGGAACAUAUAAAAAAAUUUCCUUUUAUUUUAGCAUAUGAUAAUAAUCAUUUUUUAGUUGAACAAAUAGAAAAUGUCUUUCAAGAAAUUGUAAGACAAAUAUCAAUAUUAAAAUAUAAUAAUACUUUGAACAUACCUAAUUUACAAAUAUAUAAAAAGAAUUAUCUUCAAUUAUCAUUCGAUACUAUACAAAAUAAAUAUGUUUUCUCAGAUGAUGUUCUAAUUUGUCAUAUUAAAGAUAUAAGAAGAAAAUGUAAAUGUCUUAUUUGUAAAGAAAAUAAAAAAGAAAAAAAAUUUAUUCAAUAUGAUAAAAAUAAUCAUCAUAAUUUAAAAAAAAAAAAAAUUUCUUUAUUCCCACCAAAUAUAUAUGUUAAAGAUAUUAUACCUUUAGGUAUAUAUAAUGUUAAAAUUCUAUGGUCAGAUAAUCAUUCAUCUAUAUAUUCUUAUGUAUAUCUUAAGCAUCUCUUUGAAAAAAAAAGAAUUAAUAAUAAUAAUUUGUUUUGUAAUACAAAUAAUACUGCUAUCUAUGAAUGGUAA